CUCCGGGCUGUGGACGCAGUGCCAUAGCUGAAACCAAGUUCUCCUCUAAAAGUGUUCCUUCCUUGAAGAUGAAAAAGAAGCCUACCAGAGAAGUGCAUCGAUAUUAAAAGUUUUAAGCCUGUGAAACUUUGCAACAAUGAAGUACCACUCCUUUAAACAUGCGAUGCCCCAGAGGCAUUGUCAGACGCCUUGGAACCGAACGUUCAUCCUGUUUAUCAUACUCUACCUCGUCGCUAAUAUUUACUCUGAUGAAGAUUAUUACAAGUUGCUGGGGAUUUCCAGAGAAGCAAGUACGAAAGAGAUCCGACAGGCCUUCAAGAAGCUCGCGCUUACCAUGCACCCCGAUAAAAACCCGAAUGAUGACACCGCUCAUGAGAAGUUCCUGAAGAUUAACCGAGCCUAUGAGGUGCUGAAGGACGAGGACUUGAGGAAGAAAUAUGACAAGUACGGAGAGAAGGGACUGCAGGAUGAGCAGCAGGGCCGUCGAUAUGAGAGCUGGAACUAUUACAGAUACGACUUCGGUAUUUAUGACGAUGAUGCAGAGAUCAUCACUUUAGACAGAGGAGACUUUGAUGCAGCAGUGAACUCCGGAGAGCUUUGGUUUGUCAACUUCUACUUCCCUCGUUGCUCACACUGCCAUGACCUCGCUCCAACAUGGCGGGCGUUUGCUAAGGAGAUGGACGGCGUGAUUCGGAUUGGAGCUGUGAACUGUGGGGAUAAUGGAAUGCUCUGUCGCAGCAAAGGCAUCAACAGCUACCCCAGUCUCUACAUUUUUAAAGCUGGAAUGAACCCUGAGAAGUUUUAUGGAGAAAGGACCAAAAGAGAUCUGACCAAGUUUGCCAUGCAGUUUGUGAAGAGCAGAGUCACGGAGCUGUGGCAAGGAAACAUCUUUACUGAAAUUGAAAAGGCCUUUGCAUCCAGGGUUGGCUGGCUCAUCACAUUCUGUGCCGAAACUGGAGACUGUCUGGAAUCACAGACGAGACAGAAACUAGCGGGAAUGUUGGAAGGCCUGGUGCACGUGGGCUGGCUGGACUGCACCACACAGGCACAGCUGUGUGAGAGCUUUGAGGUGGUGAGCAGUUCCACAGUAUUUUUCCCUCCGGGGAGCACCCUCCAGGAGAAAGGCAGCGUGCUGUAUAUUGAGAGUCUAGAUGCCAAAGAAAUCUACAGCCAAGUGAUGGAGCAUCUGCCUGACUUACCGACCCUCUCAAAGGACAGCUUCGAGGACAAGUUGGCUCACCACCGUUGGUUAGUGAGUUUCAGCUUUGGGAAGAAAGACUUGGCAUCUCAGGAAUACAAAAAACUUGCAGCACUUCUUAAAGAAGAGAACAUACAGGUCGGGACGGUGGACUGUCUGACAGAAACAGAGUUGUGUGAGUCUCUCUACAUUCAGAAAGCCUCCGUCGCGGUUUUUAAAGGCCUUGGGACACAUGACUUUGAGAUCCAUCACGGUAAAGAUGUCCUGUACAACAUCCUGGCCUUUGCCAAAGAGAGUGUGAGAGCCCAUGUGACCACGCUGAGGCCAGAGAACUUCCCGCGGAACGAGAAGGAGCCCUGGCUGGUGGACUUCUUCGCCCCAUGGUGUCCUCCGUGUCGUGCUCUCCUGCCUGAACUGAGGAAAGCCUCCAUCCAGCUGGUUGGACAGCUGAAGUUUGGAACCCUUGACUGUACUGUUCAUGAGAGACUCUGUAAUAUGUACAACAUACAGGCUUAUCCAACAACUGUCAUCUUCAACAAAUCCAGCAUUCAUGAGUAUGAAGGCCAGCACUCUGCUGACGGCAUCCUGGAGUUUAUUCAGGACCUGGUCAGCCCUGUGGUGGUGACCCUGACCCCAGACUCCUUCCAGGAGCUGGUGAAGAGGCGUGGCUCCACUGAGACGUGGCUGGUGGAUUUCUAUGCGCCGUGGUGUGGGCCAUGCCAGGCACUGCUCCCUGAGUGGAGAAGAAUGGCUCGUAUGCUGAGCGGGAUGGUUAAGGUGGGGACAGUGGACUGUCAGAAGUUUCACUCGUUCUGUCAGAGAGAAAACGUUCGCGCGUACCCAGAGAUCCGCCUCUUCCCCCCGAACACCCAGCACAGGGAUCUUUACCAGAGCUAUAAUGGCUGGCACAGGGAUGCCCAUUCGCUGAAAAUCUGGGCCAUGGGGUCUCUUCCGCGGGCGUCUGUGGAUUUGUCCCCGGAGGACUUUAAAGACCAGGUUCUGGGAGGCAGCGACCACUGGGUGCUGGACUUCUACGCCCCCUGGUGUGGGCCCUGCCAGCACUUCGCCCCGGAGUUUGAGGUCCUGGCCCGGAUGAUGAAGGGAACUGUGCGAGCAGGAAAGGUGGACUGUCAGGCACACUAUCAGACCUGUCAGAGUGCAGGCAUAAGGGCCUAUCCCACCGUCCGCUUCUACCCUUACCUGGGCACCAAACGGCGGGACUGGGGAGGGGAGUACAUCAACAGCAGGGAUGCUAACGUCAUAGCCGACGUCCUCCGACAGAGACUCCAGCAGCUGCACUCACACAAAACCGCUUCCCAGGUCAAGGUAAGCUUCUCCGUCAUGGCUGUAACCAGGGUAAGCUUCUCCGUCAUGGCUGUAACCACGGUAAGCUUCUCCGUCAUGGCUGUAACCACGGUAAGCGUCUCCGUCAUGGCUGUAACCACGGUAAGCUUCUCCGUCAUGGCUGUAACCACGGUAAGCGUCUCCGUCAUGGCUGUAACCACGGUAAGCGUCUCCGUCAUGGCUGUAACCACGGUAAGCUUCUCCGUCAUGGCUGUAACCACGGUAAGCGUCUCCGUCAUGGCUGUAACCACGGUAAGCGUCUCCGUCAUGGCUGUAACCACGGUAAGCGUCUUGCCCUGUGCAGCAGUGUGGGUCUGUUUAAUGGUUUGAUGUUGAGUUUAGUGUAAUACAGGCUUAACCAGUACCCUCUCUGACUCUGCUACAUUUCAGUUCAUCCCUGACAUACCACAUCUGCACUUUUUCUUUUAUCUGCUCAGAAUUUCCUCAAGGGGCUCAGAAUGUUCCUUACAUUCUGUAAACAUGAUACAAAAAACCCCAGAAAUGUCUGUUAAACUGAUCAGUUUGUCUGUGUUUCUGCAGGAUGAGCUGUAAGGAGGUUUUAAUGGGGAAUUCCACACUCCAGUGAAGGUUUCUGUGAAGGACUCAACGCACACACACACAGAUCAGAGGCCUGUGAGGGGCCGUGUGUUUUUGGCUUCGUGGACCGGUUCCGGACAACGGGGGGUGACUGUGCGCUGGGGGAGCGCGAACAGAACAGAAGUCCCCUGGGAGCAGACUUCACGGCUCACUGUAAAAGUUACUGGUGUAGGAAAACUACACACAGCCUGACUGUUUUUUGACUUUCUCUGCUCUAUGACUCAGCUGUCAAUUCAAGCUCUGCUUGCUUCAAAGUUCUGCCAGAAAAAGAGGUGUUAUUUCUAGGACUGUACUGUAGGUGUGUGUGAAUGAUGUGGAGCCCUGGACUGACUGCACUGCUGUGGAGAGAGAGGACAGACAGACUGAGGAUGUCACGUCCACACGGAGAGUGCCGUGUGAAGGACUGUAUCUUUUCUGCAGAAAACACUGUACCUUUGUCUGUCUCAUCGGUCAGGUCAGCGAGGGGUCAGGGUUCAGUCUCUUAAUGUGUUUUUCGGAUCAUACACAAAUUCAGAUGUUCAGUAUCGAUUCAGAAUGUCACACAGAGCUGUCCACCACUGAUCCUUCGGAGGGAGUUUCAGCUUUGUUCCCAUUUCAUUCUCAACGGUGGUUUUCUGUAUUCCUGUAAGUCAUA